GAGAGAGAGAGAGAGAGAGAAAUAGAGAGAGAGGGAGGCAGCGCGAGGGUAGGAGAGGACGGAUCAACCUGCCUCUUUUCACACAACAGCGGGAUGGGAAGAGCCAGCCUCUAAGCCUGGCUGACCACAGAAGAGGAUUUUUUUCCCUUCUCUCUCUCUCUGCGCAUUUUACCACGAGGAUAGAAGGAGGGAAAAAGGCAGAGACGAGAAGUAGAAGGAGAGCGAGAGGGAGAGGGAGAAGAGCACGCGUGUCAGAGAGGAAGAGUGUGAGUGUGUGAGAGAGAGAAAGAGAGAGAGAAGCGGACAGCAGGAAGCCAAACGCGAGGGGGGAAACAAAAGCAGCCUCUCACUGACUGGGGAGAAGUGCUAGAGAGACAGAGGGAGCCAGAGAGAGAGAGAGAGAGAGAGAAAAGGGGGGAUAGACACACAGAGAAAUGCUGUCGAGAGGAGACUGGGGGAGGGAGCGACCGUGGGGAACAGGAUGAAAGACGGAGAAGCGGAGAAGAAAAGAGAAGAGAAGAGAAGAGAAGAGAAGGCUGGGUCGCGAAAGGCUGGAGAGAGAUGAGAUGAGAUGCGAUACGAUGUGGAGAUGAGAAGAGAGCUCUGACGCUGACGCACACCUGAAACUCCCCCGCAAGGCAAAUGGGGAAGCAGCAGCUGAUGCACAGGGAACCACAGCGCACCGUUCCCGCCUCUAGAACCGGACACUUCUGUUUUUAACCUCGGUUCCUCAUACGUGGGAUGUGCAUUCGUCAAGAACAUCUCCCAGUCACCAGCUUACCAAGACCAGACCAGGUCUGUUUUACUCACACAUGGAGACAGAGACAUUGCUUUGAGAGGUGGUUAUCUGAAGGUCACCUGGUGGACAACUGGACCAGAUCAACACAGACUAUUAACUACUGAGGACUUAAGAGAAUAUUUAGGGAACUGAGGCUUCAGGAUCCUCAGCUUGGCGCAUUGCAUCAGAGCAGCAGAGACAAGGUGUGAAGGACUGAAGACCUUUUGGGAAAACUGAGCUCCUUCAACCUCCUCAGCCCGGAAUCCGAGCUGAGGCUAGAGGCGAGACCCUUUUAUUUCUUUACUACUGAGGGCUGUGAGACCUUUCAGGAAAGCUGAGGCCCUUCAACAUCCUCGGCCUGGCCGCCAUGCAGUCGGACGACCUCUUCAUCCGCAAGCUCCGCCGGCAGAGCCCCCGGCCGCCGCUCGCCACGGUGAACUUUGACCGGACGCGGGUGGAGUGGCCGCCGCGGAGGGGGGGUGACGGCGAGGGCGAAUGCGAGAGCGUGACGACGCCAAGUCGCGCCGGGCUCAACACGAUGCGCGCGGUGGGCAGCAGCCGCAGCCAGCACAUCAUGCAGCGCAGCAACAGCGACGUGACGCUCGGGGACCUGGACUCGGCCGGGAAGGCGGCCGGCAAAGCCACGAGAGUGGCGGGGGACAAGUGCACAGUAUCCGGGGGGUCGGGGGACUCUGCACUGUUCCUUCACCGGGAGUACGGCAGCCUGUCAUCGCUGGAGAGGCAGAUGCAGUCGCAAGGGCGUGGGGACCACGGACCCCUGAGCCCCAGUGCAGAGCGCUUCAAAGACCCCUUAGUGCUGCUGGGCCUUCAGCCUGCUCCCACGGAACCCGAUAGUGCCGUCUCAUCCGCCACGACCGGGGAGCCCCAGCCAAAACCGGCCAAGCCCCCCAAGCCAGACGGGCUGCACAAGCGGCCCAAGCUCAGUAGCCCCGCGGCCCUCCUGCCGCCUACGCCAGCUUCCUGCGACCUGACCGGCACCACGUGGGUGAGGAACUUUGCCCACUACGAUGUGCAGAGUAUACUAUUCGAUAUGUCCGAAGCGGCGUCUAACCGAGACAGCAUCGGCCGUAAAAAGAACAUCACAUCAGGCGCCUCGGCUGCCUCGCAGCUGCGACCGCUCAGUCAGGCGUCCCCGGCGUCGCCCUCGCAAGCUGGCGGCACCGGUGGGACUGGCGGCGGAGGGUCAGGCGUCGGGUCUGGUGGGUCCGGUAGCGGAGAGGACUUGGACCCAUCGGGCCUGCUGAUGGACGAGGGCGACGGCAAUGACAACGAUAUGCUGCUCAGCUGCCCGCACUUCCGCAACGAGGUAGGAGGUGAGGAGCAGGUGGGGCUGGGCAGGACGCGGGUAUUCUGCCGUGGAGGUGGAGGAGGAGGGGGCCAGUGGCGGAGCAUGCAGAGCCCCAAUGACGCCGUGUCCGUGCUGGAGGAGCCGCGGGAGAGCAACGUGCAGCAGCAGGACAAGAGCAACUACUUCAUCGAACACGCCGACCUCGGAGCUCGCUACUACCACAAGUACUUCUACAUGAAAGAUCAUCAAAACUUUUUUGGUGUGGAUGACCGUCUGGGGCCAGUGGCCAUCAGUUUCAGACGGGAAGAGAAGGAGGGGACCAGUGGGGCACAGUACAACUACAGGAUCAUCUUUCGCACAACAGAGCUGAAGACAUUGCGAGGCUCCAUCCUGGAGGAGUCGGUUCCGUCGGCGGCGCGUCACACCACACCUCGAGGCCUCUCCCCGAAGAGGCUGCUGGAGUUCAUCAUGCCCGAGCUCAACCUGCACUGCCUGCGGCUGGCCUCCACCUCACCCAAAGUCCGGGACACACUACUGAAACUGGACGAGCAAGGCCUUAAUUUCCAGAGGAAGGUUGGGAUUAUGUACUGCAAGGCAGGACAGAGCACGGAGGAGGACAUGUACAACAACGAGAGCGCUAGCCAAGCCUUUGAUGACUUCCUGGACCUGCUGGGAGAGCGAGUCAGACUGAAGGGCUGGGAGAAAUACAGAGCACAGCUGGACACCAAGACUGACUCCACUGGCACCCACUCGCUCUACACGCGUUACCAGGACUACGAGCUCAUGUUCCACGUCUCCACCAUGCUGCCCUACACACCCAACAACACACAGCAGCUGCUGAGGAAGAGGCACAUUGGCAAUGACAUUGUGACCAUAGUGUUCCAGGAGCCCGGUGCCCACCCCUUCACCCCCAAGGCCAUCCGCUCCCACUUCCAACACGUCUUCAUCAUAGUGCAGGUCCACCAGCCCUGCACAGAAAACACCUAUUACAGGGUGGCGGUGACACGCUCCAAGGACAUCCCCCUGUUCGGCCCGCUGUUCCCGCGCGGUGCCCGCUUCCCGCGCUGCCCGGCCUUCCGCAACUUCCUGCUGGCCAAGGUGCUGAACGCCGAGAACGCCGCCGAGAAGUCGGAGAAGUUCCGCUCCAUGGCCACGCGCACGCGCCAGGAGUACCUGAAGGACCUGGCGGAGAACUACGUCACCACCACGCCCAUCGACUCCUCCACCAAGUUCCCCCUGCUGUCGCUGGGCAGCAAGCGCAAGGACAAGAGCAAAGGAGCCAAGGGGGCCGAGCUGCACAGCGCGGGGGCCCUGGUGUGGGCGGUCACGGCUGGGCACCAGAACAGCCCUAGUGGUGGUGGUUGUGGUGGUGGUGGUGAGCCGGCCCUAGAGAGUCCCAGGCUGCCUUGCCUGCUGGGCAUCUCCGCAGAGUCGGUGGUGCUCAUCGAGCGCUGCUCGCGCCGCGUGGUGUUCAAUAGCUGCUGCCGCGACGUGAUUGGCUGGAAGGCGGUGACGGACAGCGGGGUGAAGGGCGGGCCCUCGCUGGACAUCUUCUACGAGAGGGGCGAGUCGGUGUCCAUCAACGUCAUGGACAACCAGGCCGAGGACAUCAAGGAGAUCGUGCAGAGACUGGAGCUGGUGACGCGUGGCUGCGAGGCGCGCGAGGUGACUCCCCUGCGCGACGGCGUGGGCCAGCCCGGCUUCCUCAUGACGGACGAGGGCUUCGUCACAGAGCUGCAGCCCUUCGGCUACGCGGAGAGCGGCGGCCUGCAGCUGUGGGCGCGCGUGGUGCGGCUCUGCGGCCAGCCCCUGCUGCACCUCACGCCCGAGGAGAGGAGCCGCCUGCUGCGCACCGCGCACAAGAUACACAUCAUGGUCAUACCGCCCGACGAGAACGGCAAGCCACGCAGGAGCUUCUCAGAGCUGUACCAGAAGGCCAUCCAGGACGCGGAGGGCAAGUCCGGGGAGGGCCAGUCUGGAGAGGCCUGGGUCCUGGACGACCGCGAGGAGGAGACGGAAGAGGAGUACGAGGAGGAUGAGGAGGAGGAGGAAGACGAGAGGUCGGAGCGCGAACGGAUCCAAGGAGAAGGCAGGGAGGCAGAACCGGCAGUCCAAGUAGACGGAACAGGACCAUCAGGCAGUGUUGUCCCCACAGCACAUGAGGUAUCCCCAUCCGUGGGCGAAGGAGGCCCCCCCAGUUCCAUGCUCUCCCCACCCAGCCUCCCCCUGCUGCGGGCCACCUCCCUGCAGGACCACCCCUCCUCCACCCCGGUUCCGGAGAUCACCCCUUCCUCUAUGACGCGCAGCUUCUCCCUCGAGAGGCACCCUCCCUGCCAGGACCUGCUCGACGGGUACGGCAGUUCAUCCUCCACCACCCUACCACAUACGCAUCCAUAUUUGCCCUGCCAGGACCUGCUUGAUGGACAUGUGUAUGACAACGUGGGGCUGAAGGUAGGGGAGCACGAGCACAUCUACGAGAACCCCGGGGAGCUGCUGGACGCCACGCCAGACCUCAUCCUGGCCGUCAAGCCCAAGAUGGCCCUGGAGGAGGAGGGGCCUCACAAACAGUUUGGGUGUGUGGAUGAGCUGCUGGAUGACAAGGCGUCGGCCAGUAACCCUGUUGUCCGCUCGGAGCACAUGGACCGGGCCGAGCGCAACUCCAGAGCCAUGAGCCUGCACAACUCCAUCACCAAGAUUCUCUCCGAGACAACAGACUCCACUGAGGAGGAGUGGCAAUCCAUCUCUGACCUGGCCACAGCCUGCAGAAGCAUCCUGGAGGCCCUCUCCAGAGAAGACCGGAACCCGGGAGAUGGAAGCCAGGCGUCCGCUGACUCCUCUGGCCCUGACGCCAAGCUGAGGGACGGUAAAGAUAGUGACUCUCCUGGCCACCUUGAGGAGAAGGUGUCCCAGCUGGAGGCCAUGUUGAAGCACCUGCAGGACGACCUCCAAAAGGUACUGCCACUGCAGAUGGUCACCCACAGCCCGCCCCCCGACCCCCAUCACAGCAUCCUGCCCGCCCAGUGACACCCCCACAGCCAUACACCCGCCCCCGCCACCUUAGCUCUCCCCGUACACCACCCGUUUUCCCCAGCAAAUACCUCCCUGUCCUGCCUCCCACCCAAAUCUAAACCCCCCACCUAAACCCCUAUGCCCUGAGACCCCCUCUUUUCUUGUUUUUUUUUUUAACCAACCACAAAUCAGACCCAAUAUUCUUCUUCAUCUACUGAGCCAAUCAGACACAAGGGUGGGUUCCUCUAUCUAGCGGUUAGGGCGGGCCGAGCCAAAAGCAAGAAAGCAACCUGUCUUGUCAUUGGACAGGGCGAGCAGAGGAGGUGAGGUGAGAUGAGAUGAGAUGAGAAGAUGGCUGGAAGGACACUCUGGGGCAGCCUGUGCUCACUCUCUCAACACUACUACACUAAGCGACCAGGGGAGGCCAGUGGAGGCAAGUACAGCAUGAGCAUCUCCUCCGUCCUCCUCCUACUCCUCCUCCUACUCCUACUCCUCCUCCUCUACUACUACUACUACUACUUCGUUUCCGCGCUUUUAAAACAGCCGACAAACACAACAACGAAGUAACCUAUCCCAGCCGGACGUCCUCUUCAAGUUAACACAUCACCUAUUUUGCCUAGUAUGUGGAGCUGUUGAAGAGCUUGCAUACUCACACGCACACACGCACACACACGCACGCAAACACACGCAAGCAGACUCACAAAACAUGUACAAACUUCUUGCGCAUCAUGGAGCUCUGGACAACAGAUGGGUUGUUGGCACAGGAUCACAUUGACAUACACAUGCAGUAUAUGCACACGGUCUCUCACUCACAUGCACACGUUCUGUCAUUCACGCACACACACACACACACACACGCACAUGCACACACAUACACACACACACACACACACACACAUACUGCCACAGUUCUAACAGGUGAAGCACUGAGCACUGAGGUCUAGAAAUUCUGUGACGAAGACCUAAAAAUAGUACACUUCAUCUGUAGCUCAGAAGGCUUACAAGAAAAUGCUCUAGCCUCUCCCAAGCCCUUUACACCUGGGUAAUGAAAUGGAAUUGGAAAGAGGCAGAACAAGAAACAGAAUAAGAAUGAGAGAGAGAGAGAGAGAGAGACAGAGAAAGAGAGAAUGAGAGAGAGAGACAGACAGAGAGGAAGACAGAUUUUUUUUAAAAAAAAUCCCUCAGCUGUUGACCACUAGCUGGCACGUAAGUAGCAAAAUCAUUUUGAAUUCAGGCAUAGGCCACAGUUCCCCUCUCACACACCCCGAAUUUCCCCUGAGAAGGUCCACAGUGUGUCGCUGGAGGAGCGCUGACUGACUGCUUAAGUGGCCACCCGGUAUCCGUCGCAAGUCUCUGAGGAUUUACGUGCAAAUGCUAUUCUUCCCACUCUUGAGUUCCCAAGCCACAUCUCUUAGGAGUUACACGCUGCGACAAAACCUGCAAACUUGCGUCAUUUCUUACUGAAGAAUUCUUCUACUCCUGAGUUGCCUAACAAGUCCCCACCCAACCCAACUAUCCUUCUCUAUGCCCACUUCUCUUCUACAGCCUCUAACCAUUCACCUUGUAUUAUCAUCAAUCUAGAGACACAGACAUACAUUCAAGGAAAGAUUAUUUGCGUAGAACAUUGCAUACGUACAGAAUCGUGACAACUCAUACGGUAGAUAGUAGCAUGCAAGUGAAAGAACAUAAUAGGGAAAACAAAAAAUAAUAAUUCAAAGUAGUAAUUGAAUUCAAAUACAUAUAGAAUAUGUGAGUUUAGAAACCCAUAUCCCAUUUAUCAAUAGUGUAUUACAUGUAGGUCCAGACUUCCUGACAUUUAUGUAUAUCUGAGUAUCUGUGUAUAACAUAUUAUGGACUUGGCCAACCAAAGGAAACUACAGUAUGGGAAGCAGCCUGGUCCACUGGCUAGCCUGUGCUAGCCUGAGAGAGUGAGCAUGGUUGCCCAUGUAGACUUCCACAGCCCUUUUGGAGCAAAGAGCGAUUGCAGUGCAGUUACCACAAUGCCCAUCAUUCAAGCAACCUCCUCAGUGGAUUUAGCUGAAAGGAAGGACUCUGACUGAAUGAAAACUGAAGUACGUAGGAAUUCAAGUCCUCUCCUCUGGCUUGAAAGUUAAUGGGGUGAGUGGGUGGGCAAUUUCUCACUCAUUUCCUUCUCAUGCCAUCAGCCAGAGAUGCAAGGUUAGAUGGACUGCCCAGAUUGAUGAUAAUACCAUACUCACUCAAUCUACUCAACCCAUUUUUUUUUGUCAUUAAGCCUCACCUAACAAGAAUCCUUUGAACAUCAAAUCAAAUCCUUCACAUGUCAGAGCUACUGUUUUUUCGUAGGGAUAAAACCUGACCCCAACUUAUUGUACACUGAGUGCACUGUUGAGGUGUGCGUUUGAACCCCUAAAUGAUGUCAUAGUAAUUCAUUUUCCGCUUUCUAAAUCUAAAUGGAUUAGUAGAUUGUCUUUCAAAGCUGAUUUUGAACACAAUGCUGAAGAUAAUCUCUGCAACCUCUUCAGCCUCUUGUGCUCAUAAGUGUUUCCUGUAGCUCUGGUGUGUCUGUCAUGGCUCCAUCCAUAGAUAUCUUAUAUUGUCACUGUCAAGCAGAAACCUUGUAUCACCACUUUAAAAUUUUUGUUUACUUUUUAAUUAAUAAAUCUCCAUUUCCAAAAUAAACAAACAUUUCAACAUUGACGUCUGUUAUUAAAUAAUUUAUCAUACAUAAAUACCCAUGGAGACUGACCAGUAGUACUAAUUUAUAUUUCAUAAUGAAUGAAGAAGGAAUAUAAAAUGAUUUGAACAAAAAUUGUGGAGAUAUGAGGUGUCUGCUGCACAGUGAUGAUAUGAUGUCUACGGCCCCAUCUGUGUGUCUCCAUUACUCCCCCCCCCCUUUCCUUGUCUCACUUCCUGUCUUUCACAACCAUAUACAUAUGAAGAGUUCAGAUGCAAAACCCCCUAACUCCAUUUCUGAAGACCUGCACUUCUAUAUUUUUAGAGAACAC